AUGAAAUAUCAUAUUGCUUUAAUAACUAUCUAUCUAUCUAUCUAUCUAUCUAUCUAUCUAUCUAUCUAUCUAUCUAAAUCUGUUCAUAUCUAUCUAUUUCUAUUUUGCAUUUGUAUAUCUAUCUAUCUAUCUAUCUAUCUAUCUAUCUAUGUUUCUUUCUUCUUUCUCUACACCUCUUCUUGUUUCUCUCUCUCUCUCUCUCUCUCUCUCUCUCUCUCUCUCUGCUUUCCCAUAUUUUUCCCUGUCAUCUUUUCUUCUGUCAGAAUAAUUUUCUUAUACCUUUCCUACUUUAUGUGUUUAUUUCUAUUUUCUUCCCUUUCUUCCUUCCGUCCUUCCUUUAUUCAAUUCCUUCCUUCUUUUCCUUUCUUCCCACCUUCCUUCCUUCCUUCCUUCUUUUCUCUUCUUCCUUCCUUCUUUUCCUUCCUUCCAACCUUCUUUCCUUCCUUCCUUCUUUUCCCUUCUUCCUUCCUUCUUUUCCUUCCUUCCAACCUUCUUUCCUUCCUUCCUUCCUUCCUUCUUUUCCCUUCUUCCUUCGUUCUUUUCCUUCCUUCCAACCUUCUUUCCUUCCUUCCUUCCUUCUUUUCCCUUCUUCCUUCCUUCUUUUCCUGCCUUCCCUUCUUUCUUCUUUUCCUUCCUCCCUUUCUUCAUUUCUUUCCUUCUUUCUUUUACUUCCUUCCUUCCUUCCUUCCUUCUUUUCCUUGCUUCCCUCUAUUCCUUCUUUUCCUUCCUUCCUUCUUCCCUUCCUUUCCUUCAUUCCUUACUUCCUUCUUUUCCUUCCUUCCUUCCUUCCUUCCCUCCUUCCUUCUUUUCCUUCCUUCCUUCUUUUCCUUCCUUCCUUCCUUCCUUCCUUCCUUCCUUCCUUCCUUCCUUCCUUCCUUCCUUCCUUUCCCUGCUUCCUUCUUUCCUUUAUUUUAUUUCCAUUUGUAUUCUUCAAGUUCUGCGUAUUCAUUCCUCUUCAUAUCUUUGUUCUUCAUUUUCCCUUAUAUAUAUAUAUAUUCGUUCUUCAUUCAUAGUCUGUUCCUCUUUGUGUUCCACAUUUCUUCUUCGUAUUCUAAUCUGCUUUUUAUCCUUUCUUCCUUUCUGUUUUUUCUCCUCAUUCAUUUUCUCUCCCUUGUUUAUUCUUUCCUAUUCACUUUCUUUCAUUUUCUAGGAUCCACGGAAAUUCAUUCAUUCAUUCAUUCUAUUAUUUUCUUUCUUUCCUCCCUUUAUCGUUUACUUCAAAUUCUUGUCUAUAUUUUCCUUCUUUUCUCUUUUCGAACAUUGAAAAUGGAGGAAAACAAUUAUUUUAUUACUGAUUCUCACAAAUUGUUAUCUUCAUAA